CUGUUCCGUUACCACCCACCAGGAAGAGAACCCAUUUGUUGUUGUUCUAUGCCUCCUGUCGUUGAGGUUUUCUUUGCCAAGAUCUGCACUUUCUCUCUCUUCCCCAUUUCGAGACCCGUGUUCUUUGAUAUUUUUGCAGCCUUGGGAGAGAGAGAGAAGGGGGAAGAAAGAAUUAAAACUUCCAGAGAUCUGCUUCUCCCAAAAAUUUCAUUUGCAGUUGCAGAUGAAUUGAUAGGGAAAUGGGGAAGAAAGGGAGCUGGAUUUCUGCAGUGAAGAAAGCUCUCAGCCCCGAGUCAAAAGAGAAGAAAGAGAAGCAGAAAAUAAGCAGAUCGAAGAGCAAAUGGUUUGGGAAACGCGGGAAUCCGGAUCCGCCUACCGUCUCAUCAGCUCCAGAAAUUUCAUUGCCUGCCCCUGUCGUUCCUACUAUAGAAGGGUUGAAACUUACAGAAGCUGAAAAUGAGCAGAGCAACCAUGCUUAUUCUGUUGCCCUUGCCACUGCUGUGGCGGCAGAGGCAGCCGUUGCCGCUGCUCAGGCUGCUGCGGAGGUGGUUCGACUCACAACGGUGGCCUGUUAUUCUGGUAAAUCAAAGGAGGAAGUAGCUGCAAUCAAGAUCCAAACUGCAUUCCGGGGAUACUUGGCAAGGAGGGCAUUGAGGGCCUUGAGAGGGCUGGUGAGGUUGAAGUCUUUGAUAGAAGGGCAGUCAGUCAAACGUCAAGCCACGACCACCUUACGAUGCAUGCAGACUCUGGCUCGUGUGCAGUCCCAGAUUCGGGCCAGAAGGAUCAGAAUGUCAGAGGAGAACCAAGCUCUCCAGAGACAGCUCCAAGAGAAACACGAGAAAGAGCUCCAGAAGUUGAGAGCCUCUGUUGGAGGAGAUUGGAAUGACAGCGUGCAAUCUAAGGAGCAAGUUGACGCAAGCCUACAGAGCAGACAGGAGGCUGCAGUGAGGAGGGAAAGGGCAUUGGCUUAUGCAUACUCCCACCAGCAAACGUGGAAGAACUCUUCAAAAUCCUCAAACCAAACAUUCAUGGAUCCAAACAAUCCCCACUGGGGAUGGAGCUGGUUAGAACGAUGGAUGGCAGCCCGACCCUGGGAAAACAAAAGCGCACACGACAAAGAACUUAGCAUUAGCGAGUAUGCAUCCGUGAAGAGUGCAAUUAGCAGAUCAACAUCCAUUAGUGAACUCAGCAAAACCCAUUUUCGUCACCACAAUAAGCCCUCUCCAACCGUACAAAAGCCCAUCCGGAAAUCACCGUCCAAGGCAUCAUCAAUUGCUUCAAAAACCGAGGAUGAUUCGAAAAGCAUGCUUAGUGUUCAGUCCGAGAGGUACCGGAGGCACAGCAUUGCGGGGUCCUCAGUGAGGGAUGACGACAGCCUGGCAAGCUCGCCUGCAGUUCCAAGUUACAUGGGGUCCACUGAGUCAGCGAAAGCUAAAUCCCGGGUUCCAAGCCCAUUGGGGAACAAUGGAACGCCACUGGAGAAGGGAUCGGUGGGGUCUGCAAAAAAGCGGCUUUCUUUCCCAUCUUCUUCUCCUGCUGGAACAAGGAGGCACUCUGGUCCACCUAAGUUGGAUUCUGGCUCUUUGAAGGACAUCAAUGUCCACUAAGAAAGAGAAAAACAGGAUACACACAAUUAGGAACAUGGGUUCUAGAUUGAACUGCAAAGGAUGAAGAGAGAUUAAACUGUGGGGCCGGGGAUGGAUUACUUUAGUCUCGUCUGUUUCAGAGUACUUUCUCUGUUUUCUUCCUUUUCUUCAUUCACUUGUACUGUUACAUAUGUUAAUUAUCCUACAGUAGCUAGGAUUUGUUUUGUGUGUGGAACUAUUUGGUUGGGAAGACUCAAUGUCGGUUUAUGUUGUUCUUGUGGCUUUUCCUUUUCUCAUUUGAAAUUCUGACCUAUUUACACUCAAUAGCUUGAAUUUGAUCUGCGAAUGAACACGUAUUUUGGUUGUUA